AUGUUAAAAAAUAAAAAUGUUCAUUUUGAAAAAAAUUUAUCACCUAUCAGACGGGUUGAUAAAUUACAAAAGAACUGGUUACAAGUAAAAAAUGGAGAAAUUACAGUUCCUACAUUUGUCGAAAAUGUUGGCCAGCUUAUUGGACAGGAUACAACUGUUGAAGAUCCGAAAAAGUUGGUUGUCUUAGAAAAAGAAAGAGAUGUGGUUUGGGGUAUUUUCAAUGGAACUACCAAUCACACCAACAACUACGGAUACAUGCUGUGUCUCAAGUUGAUGCAGACAAGCUAUUAA